AUGCUGUCUAUCCGACAACCUGACCACGGAGAAGGAAGGGCACGUCCGUACCCCGUGCGCGAGCGAACCUGUCAUAACAUCGUCCGGGCCACCUGUGGUCCCCGAGGCCGGGAUUGGACUGCAGGCUCACUCGGCCCCGGCCCGGGCAGCCUCCCACCCCCUGGCCACCGCGGCCCGACCCGGCCUCCAGGGGCCCCGGGGUACCCCGACCCACACUCACCCCCUCACCCCUGCAGCUCGGUGCCGCGGGAGGCGGGCUGGGAGCCCAAGAUCCACGCAGACCCCAUCCGGGCUCUUCGCAGACAUUUUGUUUUACAAGAAUAUCCUGCAGAAGCUGGGGUCCUUCAUCAUGGAGCUAAACAUGGACACCUGGCCCAGGAGUCAGAAAACCUAAAGGAGAAUCCAGAGAAGUACAGCAAUUGUGAGCCCAGAUUCUGCUUCAUGCCAGAAAGUGAGUCAGCACGUAAUCAACAAGAAAUCUGGAAAUCCUACUCAGCAACAUGUAGGCAACAACCCAUAAUUUUAAGCCAGCUGAAAGCAGAGAAUCCAGUAGAGGAUGCUGGGAAGUCCUGGGGGAUGGCAGAGCUGCCAGAUGGAAGGAUUCCAGUGUGUGUGCCAGAAGAAAGUCUAGAGUGGACCCCCGAGGAGAACCACUCAUCUCCCAGCUUUGAAGUCAACUUACAGGACCAGAUGGUAACAGGUAUGCACGGUACCUUUACAUCCAAAUAUUCCGCUUGCCGCUGCUGCACCCCGCGUAUAUUUCAGACCUCCCCACCCCCCAGCCAGUAGACUCUCAGGCUCCCCAGAACUGUGUUGGAGUUAACACAGCCACCCCACACAGAGUGUAUGUCUAUGGUAGUGUGUUGGGGUGGGGCACAUGUGUCUCUGUGGUGGGGGAGGGACACAGCAGGAGGAACUGGAGAGUCUCAGAAGGAAUCUAGGGAAAAUGGCUCAGGAAGGGAGCGGGCAGAACAUUUGGGGGCUUCUGUAGACCUCUCCAUAUGUCCAUGAAGUUGGAUAUUAGCACUCCCAGCUGACCCCAGGCCUGGCUUCUGAGCUCUGUGGGGGGCAAAACAGCAGUAUGCCUAUACCAAUAAGUGGUUAACUCAUUUGAUAGGGGAAGGAGCAGUAAAUAAAGCUCUGUUUUGUAUUGUCUGCCAGAUUCUCUGGUGUAAAUACUUCCACUAUGGCUGAGUUCAAGUGACCAGGUGAUGUCACUGAACAUGCUGUUGGGAAGGGAUGUGCUAUAACACGCCAUAUGUAGAAUGCCCACCAAGGAGAUCUGAUAGCAGCUUAUAACUUCAAGUGCAUAGGUGAGAGUAAGCGUAAUGAAGUAAGUAGGAAGUGAUGAGGUUUAAGUAUCAAUUACCUUUAUUUUUAGUAUGAUUUAUUUAAUUAUAUACCUGUAUAAUUUAAUGUUUAGUAAUGGCAGUGUUUAACAGCCAUCCAGAAAAAUUCCUGAGAUUGUGACACUCAGCUCUCACAAGCCAGUACAGACUGGCUCCAGCACGCACUGGAUCUGAAGGGGAACAAAAUGCUUGAUGCAUUAGUGGGAUAUCCGACUGCUAAGGCAAGUAUGAGGCUCCUGCCUGCUGUUCAUCCCCAGCCCUGCAGGAGGAGAGCUCCAAAAUGGGUCUGAGACAAACAACUGUGCUGCCUCAACUAUCACAAGUAAAAUAAACAAAGACAAAAAGCCUGCUGGCAUAAACUGUUCUCACCUCAUGGCUAACCUGUAUCCAUGUAGCAGGUGGCAGGCCAGGGACUGGAGUGUUAGAGGAAGGUUGAGUUUUGAGAUGCAAGGAAGAUGACAGUUUAGUUGGUGUCAAAACAGAGAUUAUCAUAGAAGGUUCUUCUAGAAACCCGGUGUGGCAUUUGGAUGCUGGAUGCUUAGGGUGGGGAGAGGAAGCAGGAAAGAUAAUGGGAGAAAACCAAUUCCUUGCACUUCACAUUUCUGCCCUGCCCCAGUUCUGGCACAGUUUUUGAAAAACUACAUUCCCUCAUGAGAUUCUUAUGGUAAAGGGAAAAACCUUUGUGGUCUCAGAAACACAUCUUAUAAAAUAGGUCUCCCAGAAUCAGGCCACAGAGCUGUUCUCAGCAGCCAUAAUGAGCCACAAAAUGAGAAGUGUCUGCGGCCUAGGUGCUACCAAAUCCUGACCUGCUGCGUCCACACAGAGAAAAACAGCUAAACACCAUUUCAGUCCAUUAUCAACCCAAUCGACUUCUUGACUGGCAGCAGAGUAGAAAUCUGGUUCUAAAAAUAACACUGUAAUCUGUGACCUGGAAUAAUCACACCUAUCAAAAGCCAGGUUAAAGAGUGUGUGCAUGUGUGUGCGUGCGUGUGUAGGAAAGGUGAGAAAAUGAACACUACCUUGUGUAUACAUGCAACAGUAAUUUUCUUUGUCAUUUUGUAUUUUCUUUCUGGGUAGCAGCCUCCAUGCUGGGAAGUGGGGCCUCGGGGGGAAGGCACCAGCACUAAUGUAUACCCGCCAGG